AUGGGUGGGCGUCUUUGGUUGACCGCUGAAAGGCUGGACGGCUGCUGCAUCACGACUCGCAAGUCGCAGCGCCUUGCUCUUGAGAGAGGUGACGCUGACACAGAGUUGGCGAGCCACGGUCGGUCGCUGUCGCUGCUGCCAAGAGGACGCUGGCCGGGACCGCGUCCGGCCACCGAGUGUUUUGGACGAGACGACGGCACCGGGCACGACGUCUCUCUCAUUGUCCUUGUGCUCCUCCUUAUUGGGGUAUCCAAUUCCAAAGCCAACCCGGCAGCACCUCCCCACAGCCACAGCCACAGCCAGCUGGAUGUGAACCACAAGAAGCCAAUACAGACGUUUAGACCUUACAACAUUGCCCACCGAGGAUCAAAUGGUGAAUUACCCGAAGAAACAGCGGCCGCCUACCUGAGGGCUAUCGAAGAAGGCGCAGACUUCAUCGAGACCGAUAUACUUGCAUCAAAGGAUGGGCAUCUCAUCUGUUUCCAUGAUGUAACACUGGACGCAACGACCAAUGUUGCAUACCAUACGGAGUUUGCUGACAGGAAGAGGACCUAUGAAGUCCAAGGAGAAAACGUCACCGGAUGGUUCAUUGUGGACUUUACUCUUAAAGAGCUUAAAUCACUGAGGGUGAAGCAACGGCUCAGUUUCAGGGACCAACGAUACAAUGGGAAGUACCAGAUUAUUACGUUUGAGGAGUAUAUCUUGAUUGCGCUUUACGCCGACAGGAUAGUCGGAAUAUACCCUGAGAUCAAGAAUCCCAUCUUCAUCAACCAGCAUGUCAAGUGGUCGGGUGGAAAGAAAUUCGAGGAUAAGUUUGUCGAGAUGUUACUGAAGUAUGGCUACAAAGGUGAAUACAUGUCUGAAGACUGGCUCAAGCAACCGCUGUUCAUACAAUCCUUCGCUCCAACCUCAUUGAUUUACAUCUCCAACAUGACAAACUCUCCCAAACUGUUCCUAAUCGAUGACACAACAAUUCCAACACAAGAUACCAACCAGUCAUACUACGAGAUAACUUCAAAUUCUUAUCUUGAAUUCAUAAGAAACUACGUUAUCGGGAUUGGGCCAUGGAAGGAUACAAUUGUUCCUCCAAACCCAAAAGAUAACUGCUUAGCACAGCCCACCGAUCUCGUUGCACGAGCACAUUCUCUCAAUCUUCAGGUGCAUCCAUACACUUUCCGAAAUGAGAACCAAUACCUGCACUUUGAUUUCCAUCAAGACCCUUAUGCUGAAUAUGAGUACUGGCUCAAUGAGAUCAGUGUCGACGGGCUGUUCACUGAUUUCACUGGUAGUCUGCACAAGUACCAGGAAUGGACUACACCAUACCAGAAGAAGGAGAAGAACCCGGAAGCACUCUUGCGUGAGAUCGCGAACAUGCUGAAGAAUGAUGGCUACUGA